AUGCCUUCUCUCUCCAUCGCUCGCGCUGCCAAUGCAAAGUUCGCACCUUCUUAUCUUCCGGUCGCUGUCUUCGUCGGCGGAACGUCUGGUAUAGGACAAGGCGUAGCCGAGGCUUUCGCUCGCCAUACCAAAGGCAAUGCGCACAUCAUCCUCUGUGGGCGUAACAAGUCUGCCGCCGAGAGCAUCAUCGCGUCUUUCCCCCGUCCAACUGCCCCGGAGGCCAAGCAUGAAUUUAUCCAGUGCGAUGCAACACUAAUGAAGAACGUUGGAGCUACCACAUCCUCACUCCUCUCCCGCCUCGCGAAGAUUAACUUCCUCGUGCUCACCCCCGGUAUCAUGACGCUCAGGGGCCGAGACGAAACUCCAGAGGGCAUCGAUAAGAAGCUCGCGCUGCACUACUAUGCACGCUGGAAAUUUACGCAAGACCUCAUCCCAUUGCUGCGUAAGGCGAAGGAGGCGGGGGAGGACGCGAAAGCGAUGACAAUUCUCGCUGCUGGCGUCUCGGGCAAGAUUGACUUCGAUGAUUUGGCACUCAGGAAACACUACAGCGUCUCUGCGGCGGCAAAGGCAGCUCCAAUAUACAACGAUCUCAUGAUUGAGUCAUUCGCAGAGCAACAUCCGGACCUCUCGUUCGUCCACGCUUCUCCUGGCAUUGUCCGCACGCCGCUCGCUGGGUCCAUUGUUCAGGUGUUGGCCUAUCCUUUCGCAGUCUCCGCGGAAGAAUGUGGAGAAUACAUGCUGCAUGCCAUUUUCAAUGCUGAGUCGGGUGCACAUUUGCGCAACGGCAAAGGAGACGUUAUAAAGCAGAAAGGAUAUUGUGGACCAGAGGAUGCACGGAAACAAUUGUGGGAGCACACCGUCAAAGAGGUCGAGGUUUCUGCUUGA